GCACUGAUUUCUUGGAUUUCUAUUUAGCAUCUCGAGUUUGCGCAAAUCAAUUACCAGCAGCCAUUUCUAGUAAAUGAACUCGCUGUUUGUCGUUCUGUAACGGAGGAUCUACCUAAGACCUAAAAGCAUGCCACAUUUUCUCCGAUAUACCUAAUGGACAAAAAUAAUUAAAAUGCUAGAAAUAUCGGUGAUUGGAAUGCUUCAACAUAUUCUGAUUUGUACAACUAGAGACCGAUCGACUACCUGUAGGAUUGCAUCAAGCGCGUGAGGGAGGCGGUGAUGCCCAGGAGGUAAUGCGCAUUAGGAUAAUGUGACACAAUUCGGGUUUUUUGCACUCGAACGAAGGUUUUUGUGCGCAUCGUGCAGAUUUGUAGACGGUGAAUAUAAGCUAAUGGAACCACCGUAAUCUCAAGGAGAGCUGAUCACACGUUGUUUUUGAACAGGCGUUGGGAUGCUCCACGUUUAUCCUUCAAACCCAGUUGAAGAUGUACAGAACAGGGGAACAUUUCCAGCAAUAUACGCGCACCUGUACCAUAAAAGCUCCGUCUGAAUGGCAUUACUUGAAUGUUUGAAUUCUUGAAAUCAAAUGGCAAUAGGUUUUGCACCUGAUGUUAAGCAAUCCGCAGUCGAUCGAAUGAAUGAUCAUUCCAUGCAUCAGUGUGCAGAGUGACUAAUCGCACUUGGACCACAAUAAGACGGGAUGGAGAAGAAUCAGACACACGUUUUGAUUAUUGGUAUUGGGCUAUCAGAAAGCGCUCUGUAGUAAAGUUGCAGCGGUCGAACUACAGGUGCUAUAUGAAGAACAGGUCACAAGCGUUAAUUUGCCCUCGCAGAAAUGCCAGUGCGUGCUGUGACUUCCAGGUUCAUGUACAGGGGACUUUGCUCAAUUCCAGAUAUCCUCUCCUACAGGACUCCCGUCAGCCUCCCCGAGGAUGAAGUGGAAGAGAUCCGUGAAGCCUUUAAGGUGUUUGAUCGUGAUGGGAAUGGAUUCAUCUCAAAACAGGAGCUAGGAGUGGCCAUGCGGUCUCUUGGUUACAUGCCAAAUGAAGUGGAGCUGGAGGUGAUCAUUCAGAGACUGGACAUGGAUGGUGACGGUCAGGUGGAUUUUGAAGAGUUUGUGGCACUUCUCGGACCAAAACUGUCUUCAGCCGGUAUGCCUGACAGAUUUCACGGAGCCGAGUUUGACUCCAUAUUCUGGAAGUGUGACAUGCAAAAGCUGACUGUGGAUGAGCUGAAGAGACUCCUGUAUGACACCUUCUGUGACCAUUUGACUAUGAAAGACAUCGAGAACAUCAUCAUGACUGAGGAGAGUCACUUAAACAGUCCCGAGUGCCAAGUAGAUAUUGACACAAGUCCCAUGCAACAAGUCAAGCACACCUGUGUGCGCAAGAGCUUGAUUUGUGCCUUCGCCAUUGCAUUCAUCAUCAGCGUCAUGCUCAUCGCAGCCAAUCAGAUGCUUCGAAGAGGAAUGAAAUAGACAGUUCCGUUUCUAAGACAACUCAUGACUGAUAAAGGGAAACAAGAUAAAAAUGCAACAAAAAAAAGCCCACUCAUUUUACUAGUUUAUAUUGGUCACAGUCUUACAAAAACACCAAAGGCUGCACUUUCGUUCUACUAUAAACCCGAGGUAAAGAGAGACUGUUGUUAGACAGACAAAAGAACAAUUUAGCCCAAAACAACAUAGUUUAAAAGAGUCAUUGUACUAUAUUAAGGAUCAUUCUCCAAUAAAAUAUUACAUUUGUUUAGGCUUAUGUUACAAAGUAGAAUUUUGUUGUAUAGUUGUAAUCCACUUUAUAUCAAAAUCAUGUCAGGGUGUUUAUAUAACAUGACACAAUGACAUUGACAAAACAAUUUACCCAUUUUGUAACAACGUUGUGUGACUGGGUCAUGUAUGUUACACAGUUUUAGGUCCAGUAGAUCCAAGAUUUAUUUCACCAAGAUUUUCUCAAACAUCACCGGUUUAACCUUUGGGGAUAUUCGUGGAUACAGAAUGAGAAAAAGGGAAUAAACCAAAUUUUCAACACCAAGUGUAAGUCAUCAUGAGUAGUUAGACUUAGAGCAAUUCAAAAAGAAAAUGAAUGUACUAGAAAUGUACCAGAAAUAAACUUGAUUGAACUAGAGUAUAAAUUUGGUGACAAUCCAAAGUGUUAUUGACUCUAACCUGUGCAAUUGUCUUUUGUUAACUUGCAAAAACAUUAUUUCUUCCAGUCUUGACUCUCAGGAUUGUUUGUUGUCAGGUCUUUUAUUAAAUUAUCUGCUGGUUGUGUGAGGAAAAAGUAUUGUGGAAAAUGCCUGAAUAUUACAGGCUAUACGUAUAGUGUGCCAUGUGAGGCUAAAUGUUUUUGUCGAUAUCCUGCAAUAUAAUUGUUUUGAGUGUUAUUACAUAUGAUUACAUAUUUGCAUGAAAUGUUUCCUAGCAUUUCAAUAACAUCAGUGUUGUCAGUGAAUAAUCAGUCUGUAUCAAUAUUAUCAUUAUUUUCUUUAACAACUUGUGGAUUUCAUUUGUUCUGGGGUAUUGUGAUCUGUAUAAUGGUAAAUUCUUAGUUUUCAAGUCAUGACAUUAUAACUGUCUCUCAUCGUUUACUUUUAACCAAGUUUGUGUCCACAUGAUCCUUGUCCACUAGAAAACUACAGCUCAAGUAGAAAAUUUUCAUUGCUUUUAAACCAACUGUAUGUAACUUUUCUUUUUACCUUGAAAUAUGGGUUUUAGAAUCAUUUCUUUUAAACUCUUCUCUCCAAGGUCUGUUCUACUGAGCAGGUACGAAUUUCUGUGAAAACGGCGGAUUGCUUUACAAAUGGCAUGUUUACAGCUUUCAAGUUUGAUUAGGACAGUGAAUUCCACUCACGUAACUGCAGGAGGCUCUAAAGUUGCACAUAUACACAAAAUUACACACAGUUUACACACAAAGUUUAUGUAUUCAUAGCAUGACUCAAAGGGAAUGAACCAGUGCAUGUUAUUCAGAAGUAUUAUUUUGAAGCUAAUCGUAACAAGCAAUAUUUGGCUUAUGCACACUCUGAAAUAAAUGUAUGCAUCCAGCAUCUAGCUGUAAUUUAUGCAUUUGUCAGUAAUCUCAGUGCCUAAACAGUAAAUUGGGUGUUGUUGUUCUGUGUGACACUUAACUGAUACAAAUAGGUGUUCAUUAACAUUUCUCUGACUUAAUUUGGAAAAACAAUAAUGUACGUUAAGUCUGUUAUGACUAAGUAAUUAAAUGGAUCUGCAGCUGCUGCAUAUGACUGUAAUGACAGUGUUGCAUUGGUUUUAUGAAGCUGUAGAGUGAAACAUAUCAAUUUACAAGAUCAGACUUUUUUUCAUUGUUAUCAUGGAAGGUAUGUCUGUUACUUGUAGUCAGUAAAGUCCAACAUUCUGACUUCUGAUCAUGAAGGUAAAUGCUGACAUGAUGACGUUUUUUUUGCAGUUGCGUGCAUUUGUAAUUUUCUGACAUGUUGUAUUGUGUAUUGUCAAGGUCAGCCUCUUGUUAAAAUAUGCAAUCUAUGCUUAUUUAAUGACAAUUUACUGUGAAUUAAAGUUACGGUUUAUAUAUCUAUACCUAUAUCUAUACAAAUUGAGAUAUACUGAUUUCAGGACAUCAGAAACAUAUCAUGCUCUCGAUUUCCAAAGCUCAAGCAUGUGAUCUGCUGUGCAAAUUGUUUUUACACACUAAUAGGGGUAUUAUUGUUUAACAUGGCAAUAUGUUUUUUUCAUUCAGAGUAAUAAAUGGAUAAAACUCCUAGGAUUAUAUAAAAAUUUGUUUUAUUUUUGUAUUUUUCCAAUAUUUCUUUAUAUAAAUUCAUCUAAUAACACAUGGAAAUAUUACAGCACAUUUACUUAAAUUACAUCUAUUACAUUCAAACGGCUGAUACACGUUGGCAGUUACAAAUUAGCUCACUUAAUCAUAUUAAUGUAGUGAUGUAACACUAAUAUAAGCAACUGAUGUAUGUAACUUUAUAUUGCAUCAAUGUAGCCCUAGAAAACGACCUUGAAUCUAUGAUGUGCCAACAUGUGCUGGUGUUACAAUUAAUUGUACCAUGUGAACAAAUGAAAUAAAACAGUGGUGCUUCUUC